CAAGAUGCUUGUGGCGGUCCUCUUUAGGCGCGCGCGCAUGGGCAGCCAGGGACCCGAGCCUUAAAGCCAGGCAUUACAAGCGAGCCCAGCCCAGUCUACUACGCUGGCACUGCACACGAAGAAUGGUCAACUUCCGCAAAUCCGUCACUCACAAGGCUGACAGGGUUUGGGACAACAACUAUGGCAAAGACCUGUACACUGGCAAGCGUCGCGACCACUACGAAGGAGAGAAUGUCCGCACUGAAGUGGACCACAUAAUGGAGUGCCAGCUGGGGGAGCACAUGUGGGAGAAGGCAUUCGAUGGCAGGAUGACGACGCGCUCAAGGCUGGCCGCGGUCGUAGAGUUGUGGAACGAUGUGGAUAACCUCAACGUGACCCAGAAGAAGAUCAAUCAGCCCAAGGGCAGUGCCUUCAAGGCAUGGAAAGCUGGCACGGACGACACGCUUCGCGACGCCCUUCUCCGGUACAAUGUGGCUGCGAACCACCGCGCCAAAAUUUGCGUCGCGUUUGAGGAGGCUGGCAACCGGCUGGCCGGCAAGCUGGAUGGUCUUGCUGACAACACCGGCAUUGAGCUGUACGGAGACAUGGCCGUGGAGAUGGAGGCUUGGGUCAACAGGACAGGGUGAUGGCUUGGAUGAACGUGCGUGCGUUCGUAAGUACCGCAUGUGAAUGUGCGUGAUUAAUCAUCAGGUUCCGUGAAUUGCUUGCGCGCGUAUGAGACGACGUAAGUGUGCAUUACAUCUAUUUUGAACGGGAUGCAUGUACGAGGGGAUAGGGCAGCAGCAAAGGUAUGCGGCCAUUACAGGCUGACGAUGGCCCCUAGCCAGGCGCUAUUUAGCUGGGUACUAGCUGCUGGGUACUACAUGACGUAGAUGAAGAACGGCCAGGAUGAGCAGCAGGAUGCGCGCGCGGUGUCACGUCGAAUUGCUACCGUACCGUAUGUGAAACAUAUAACAUCACGUGUCCUAUGUUACGGGUGCGAAGGUGCCCCACACGGCACAGUCGUGAAACUCCGUGCACACGACGCAGCCACACGCCCACAACCCAUUCUCCACACAUGCUCCAAAACCGACAGCAGUUCGCGCGCAAGUUCACUCGCGCCGUGUCCGAGUCACUACCAAGGUUAUUUGUAUCGCAUUAUGGCUCAUCCAUUCAUACCUUGAUCACCACGCACGGAUACCAUUACCAUAUACAGAUGCAGAACACCUCCCCCGGUACUAUGCACAUCACAUGGAAAACCGGCACUGCGGCCCAGCCCACGCCAGCCAAGCUCCCUACUCCGACUCGAGCACCGUCCUCUUCAAUC